AGGACUUUUAGACAUAGCACAGAAAUGUAAUGUAUAAACACGCGGGCAGAAUUAAUUGUGUUACUUAUAUGUACUAGCGCAGGUAAAUUGAUUGUGUGGCGCGAUCAUAAGAUGACACAACAAUUUUGUAUCUAUAGGUAAUCAGUUGUACUAUUCGCCUUGAAUUAUAGUAUAGCAAUCAUAUGCCUUUAGUAAUGCAUAAAUUUAAAGAUAUUCUCUACUUGAAACCCUACCUAGAUAGUUGACAAUAAUAUUUCCACGCUUUUCCGCGUUUUUUUUCCUUCGCUACGUGUAGUUUGAUCUGAUUGGACGUACAUUGAGCGUAACCGUUUUAACGCUCUCGAUGACUCGAGAAUCGGAGAAGUAAAUGUAGGUAGGUUUGCUUUGAGACGUGCUGGUCUUAUUCGUCGACUGUCGAAUGAUCGCGGAGCACAAUCGACGUCGGUCGCAUGCGUGUUUUUAUGCGUUAAAAUGUGGAUGUUUUUCGCGAUACUCGGGCACGUGAAAAGUGCACUUCGAAAGUGGCCUUUUGAAAUUUAAUCAUGACAGCUGAUUCGGAUUACUUGCUAGAGACGUUGUUACGCCGCAAAUGCAGCAUACGAAUGAAAUGGCGGUAUUGCGAUCUACGAUGGUCUCGUUGGAACAUAAUAAGCGUAUCGACGGUUAUGGUGUUUUGUUUGCUUACCGUGUUUGUAGGACAGUAUGUGCUCCAUUAUCAAACGACCAAAGUAGCGUCUCCACAGUAUUUCGAAAUCACCAAGAAUAUGCAGACUUGGAUCGACAACGACGUGCCACUGGAAAUAGUCAACGUCACGGCCGACAUAAUAAAUAUAUUAGAAAACCAAAGAGAUGACAACGAGCAAAAAUUAAUGCACGGACUCACACUUCGUCAUGACUACGAGAGUAGCUCUAGCGGAAAUUUUUCAAAAUAUAUACCGGAAAAAGGUGGAAUACCGUUAAAAAGUAUCAUUGUAACUACAUGGCGAUCCGGAUCUACGUUCCUUGGUGAUGUGCUGAAUUCCAUUCCGGCCAAUUAUUAUCAUUACGAACCUCUUUUAGAUUAUGAAAUUAUUCAAAUUAGAGGGCCUCCUUUAGCCGAAAAGGCGCUAAAAAGGUUGAAAGACUUAUUAACUUGUAACUACGCUUCAAUAGAUGAAGAAUACUUGGAAUAUGGACAAGAACAUACGUGGUUAUUCACACACAACACACGAUUGUGGAAUUGGUGUCAAUUAAAACCCCACGUAUGUUGGUUACCUAAAUUUUUAACUCCAUUUUGUAAACUAUUUCCAUUCCAAUCUAUGAAAGUGGUACGAUUAAGACUGAGUUUAUUCGAAGAAAUUUUACAAGACCCCAUGUUAAAUGUAAAAAUACUUUAUUUAGUAAGAGAUCCCAGAGGCACUUUACAGUCUCGUAAACAUAGAGAGUGGUGUCCGGGUAAUCAAGACUGUUACGAUCCGGUGCGACUGUGCUCCGAUCUAAUCUCAGAUUACAGUGCUGCAAUUAGAUUUCAGAGAAAAUUUCCGGACCGGUUCAAAAUAUUUCGUUAUGAAGACUUAUCAUUAAAACCGUACGAUAGGGUGGAAAACAUCAUGAAUUUUUUCGGAUUCGAAAUGCACUCCAGUGUUAUUCAGUAUUUAGAUACUCAUACCAAGGUUAAUUACGGAGGUGUAUCGAGUACCUAUCGUGAUUCGAAAUCGGCUCCGUUUCAUUGGAGGAAUGAUUUAACCUUCGAAGAAGUUGAAAGUAUUCAGCACGCUUGCAAGUCUGCUAUGAAAUUAUGGGGAUAUGCGUUGUCCUACAAUGAAACUCAUCAGAAAUCUUUUAAUCCAGUCAUAAGCAAAUUUGAUCUGAAUUGAAAUUGAAAAUUUGCUAAGAUGUGCGUAAAAAUGGCGUUUGCUUGAUGCUUGGCGUAGUAAAGAUAAUUUCGCGUUACCGUUCGAGUUUUAAUUUUAUAAGUUGAAUGGUAAUGAGUUUUAAUUUUGAUUGUGAUAUUCGAUUCUAUUUUUUAUAUUAUUUAUUUUUUGAGUAUUGAAUUUUAUCAUUUUAAUAAUUUAUUGUUGAUUCCUGUCUUUUUUAUUUAUUUAUUUAUUUUAGUAAAAUAUGAUUUGUUUUUGAAAA